AUGGCUGCCUCGGAAGCUCCACUUACCGAUUUCCAAAAUCGGCUCCUCGAAACAACUUCCACCCUCCCUCCUCUACCCCCCAUGCACCACUACAGGGUUGGAGUGGCCCUCUUCCAGCACCGCAUAUGGAACGAUUCCACGAAAUUCAAGAUUCUGCUUGUCCCGGGUAAGCGCGUUGGGUACCAGCGCACACGCUGGGAGUUUCCCAACAUCGAGCUUGGGCAUCAAGAGACACUCCGCGAGGGCAUCCGCCGGGCGCUUCGGGAGAAGCUCAACAAGGAAGUGCAGGACGACAAAAUCUUCGGCGAAUUCAGAACUUCACCCUGCGUCGCCGACAACAACGAGUAUGGGUUCUGUCAGCUUAACUUCCUUGUCGAUGGAGGGAGUGUCGUAUUUCCCGUCACAUCUCAAGGAAACCUCGUGGGUUGUCGAUGGAUCAGGAAAAAGGACUUUCGCACACAUUUUUCUGAGGGUGUAGCUCAAGAUUUUGAUAAUGCCUGCCGGUCUUAUGAGCAGAAACUUGGCGAGGCAACUACCUCUGGUGAGGCAACUACCUCUGGUGAGGCAACUACCUCUGGUGAGGCAACUACCUCUGGUGAGGGAACUACGACUGGACAGUGA